CCCACAGAGAAGAUAUGCAAUACUCUGUUUUUCUCCGCAAACAGCAGCCAUGGUAGUGCUAUCCAACCCCACCCUCCACCAAAUCCCCCUCGUGAAGCCGCCCAAGCUCGCCGCCAGCAGCGGCGGCAGCAUCUCCGUCGUCGACCUCUCGAAGCCCCGUGCCGCCGCCUCCGCUGCCAUCAUCGAGGCCUGCGAAGACUCGGGCUUCUUCAAGGUCGUCAACCACGGCAUUCCCUUGGAGCUGUUGUGCCGGCUCGAGGCCGAGGCCGCAGCCUUCUUCGCCCGGCCGCCUGCCGACAAGGAGAGCGCCCUCGGACCCGCCGACCCCUUCGGCUACGGCCACCAGACGAUCGGCCGCAACGGCGACGUCGGUUGGGUGGAGUAUCUCCUCUUCGCAGUAUCCUCGACGACCACCGUCCCAAUCUCGUCGUUGGGAGAGUACUUGGUCGCCGUGAAGCGGCUCGCCGGAGAGAUUCUAGAGCUGGUGGCGGAGGGCCUCAGGAUGAAGCAGAGAGAUCGGCUGAGCAAGAUGGUGACGGAGGAGGAGAGUGACGGAAUAUUCCGGCUGAACCACUACCCUCCCUGCCCUCUCCUCCUGGAGGGGUUCGACGGCGGCGGCCUCACCGGGUUCGGAGAGCACACCGACCCGCAGAUCAUGUCGGUUCUUCGCUCCGACGGUGCCGCCGGCCUGCAGGUAGCCGGAAAGGACGGUAGCUGGGUCGCCGUCCCGCCGGACCGCCGGGCCUUCUUCGUCAACGUCGGCGACGCUAUGCAGGUUUUGACAAACGGGCGGUUCAAGAGCAUAAAGCACCGAGUGGUGGUGACCGACACCGAGAGGUCAAGGUUGUCAAUGAUAUACUUCUUCGGGCCGGCCGAGGAGACGAGGAUCACCGCAAUGGCAGAGGUAAUGGUAGAUGGGGAGGAGCGGAGAUACAAUGAGUUUACUUGGAGAGAGUACAAAAAGGCAGCGUAUAAGACGAGAUUGGGAGACGACAGACUAAGACAGUUCGAGAAGUAGAAGAUGGAAUAGGACAAUGGUUCAUGUGUUAAUUAGUGCAUUUUCAAGUCUCUUUUUUCUCUAAAUUCAAAAAUAUUCUUCUAAAACUGAUAGCAACACCACCAAAAAUAAUGAAAGACGACACUCCAAAAA